UUUGUGCUUCCUUUUAGUAUCUGCCUACUCUACUCUGUUCUAAUUAGCUUAUGAACUGACAGUGGCGCUGCAGUGACCAGUCGUAUAUGUUUCCGUUCAAGAUGCGUAAUUUUUCACUGACUCUCCUAUUCGCAGUAAUCGUGGGAAUUGUAGGAGACAGCGGCAAAGUCUGGGAAAGAAACAGUGCUACCAGGAAUGUUAUCGGAUUUAUGAACGAAGUCAUUGAGAAGCCUGAACGUAUGAACGAAGCAACCGGUCGCCAGAAAUUAAAGAGUGCAGGAAACGGUCGCGCCUGCAACGCAGGCUACAAGCUGCACGCGAAUGGCUUACUCUGUGUGCCGGUUUGUGCGAAGGAAUGCGUUAACGCGUACUGCUACCUGCCCAACUUCUGCCGUUGUCUGGAUGGGUAUGAUAAGAAGCACGUGAACAGUAACGUGUGCUUGCCAGCGUGCCCUGAUGGAUGCAGCAAUGGACACUGCAUUGCCCCCAACACAUGCGUCUGUCUGCCAGGUCAUCAAAAUCCAACAGAGUUCUUUUUCUGCCACAGGUUACACUCCGUCCCUACUCACAGGACAAUGCCUUCCUCUGUGCAAGAAUCGCUGCGAGAACGGCUAUUGCCACAAGCCUAACAGGUGCAGAUGCAACCCAGGUUACAGAAAGACGGGGAAUGAUGACAAAUGUGUACCCAUAUGUACCCACGUGUGUAUCAACGGGACCUGCACCAGUCCUGAUUUCUGUACAUGCAAACCCGGGUAUAAGAAGGACUUGACAGACCCAUUAAACCACAGGUGCAUCCCGAAAUGCGAACCUGCUUGUGUUCAUGGUGUGUGUGUUGCUCCCGGUCUGUGUCAUUGUGACGAGGGGUACGUCAAGGAUAUAAAUUUCGUAGCUAGGAAUGUGUGUGUCCACGUUAAUCUUGUCAAGCAGCUCAAAGCAAACAAAUAAUCCAAUUUGGUCCCCAUUUUCACAGCACCUUUAUGCAUGGUUUAACAUUUCGGUUGUCAUAUUGUCAACUAAUUUCGUCGUGUUUCAAAAAGAAUCUGAAAGUUUUAUAAUAUUAGUCUGUCACUCCCACGUAGAAGCCCAUGAAUUAAGGGACCUGCUGCAAAAAUUUCGGGAUGGCAUGUUUACGUUAAAAUGAUGACAUAUUUCAAUUUUAGUUAAACUUGGUUCAUUUUAAGGAUUACUCUAUUUCAGUUCCUAAAUUUAACUUGUAAGAAGACUAAUGUAUUUCAGUUCCUAUUUUCCUUGUAUUACAACGCACAAUGUUAAUUGGUGUGAAUCCGUGUCAAGUUCCGCUUAUAUUUGGGGACAUAUGAAUUUCUGAUCAAAAUAAAAUUAAAUGUAAAGUUUCAGGUAUUUAAAAAUAUACUCGUAUGAUGGUUUACACAGUA